AAACGCCAAACGAGUGUUUGUUUUAUUAUUGUUGCUGUUUUCAAAACGAAACGAUCCCGAAAAUUUGGGUGAUGAUGUGUAUAAGUUUCUCUGAAUUAGUGUCUGUUACAGCAUUCGUAAGGAUUUAGUCUUCAAUCCACUUUAUUCUCCCGUCUUUCAACGUGUCCAGUAAUUUUCAGAAUGGAUUUCCCGAGGCUUUGGCUGUGCCUUCUUGCUGCCAUGACUGUUCUCAUAGAAAUAUGCGAAAGUUUGGAAUGUUAUGUCUGCACCAAUCAAGAUAAAAAUGAAGGCAAAUGCUUGAAUACAAUUAAAACGUGUGAUCAAGAACAAGACAUGUGUCUUUCAGAAGUAUUCUGGUCAAUCCCUCCAUACUGGUCACAAGGUUCGGAAAAACAAUAUUACAUUUCCAAAAAGUGCGCAACAAGAGAUGAAUGCCGUAGGACCAACAGCAAGCUUAUGUCCUCAUGUACUUACAUAUGGUAUCAAGAUUGGAAAUGCUCCGAAUGUUGUGCCGGAGAUCGUUGUAACUAUUUCAUCACGCUGAGCGGAUCGGCAGUGCAACCCAGCAGUAUAGUUUUAGGAUUAUCGAUAGUCUGCGCCCUAGUUUAUAAUUUGUUCCACUGAUUGGAAGAACUAGCGCUUUCUCACGCCAGAUGAACAAAUUUUCCAUGAGAAUUUGCGAAAUUUGACUGCAUAGAAUCUCAAUUUUUAUUUUUGAUACCUACAUCUAAUUUAUUUUCAAUAUUGGGGAAAAGCUGCACAAACUUUUUUUCUCAUUUUAAGUUGGCAUUGCCCCCUCAAGCUUUCCCUUUUACUCGUCCAAAACUCAUCUAUUGAGCAAAUUUUAAUUUGCUUGAAUGUGUAUGUAAUUUAAAGUAUUGUUGUUAGUCUCCAGGGUGAUUCAAAAGUUCUGCAUCACCUCUAGAACACCCUAGUUUUGUUGCCCUUUUUCAAGGUGGUCCCUUAAAAAUUUCGGGGCUUCCAAAAGUCGUUUCCUUUAACCUAGGAACGCUCUUAAAAUUUUAAGUCAAUGUCUCGAUUUAUUCAAAAGUUGUAGGGGUGAUACCUAGCGCUGCAAUAUUUUUUGAUCACCCUGUAUGUUCCAUUGUUUUCGAAGCUUUUUGUACAUUUCGCACGGCUGAGGUAUGCAAAGAGAUGUAUAUUUUUUAUGUCCCACUGAGCCAUAAUUUCAGCAAGUUAGGAAAGAAACAGUUUCUACCAAACAGCAUACCAAUUUUACUGUUGGGAUUUUAGACGUCAAUUCAAAAUAAUUGGAGAAUGGCCAAAAUAAUGAAAACAUUAAGAAAAAUUUUAUCCAAAAAUUUCUGGAAGUGAAAUUGUCAUGAAUUCCUCUUUAUCAAGUUUUUCUCCAUCUAAAUAUCUAUUUUACUGGCCUGUCAAUACAAAGGUUUGGGAAUGUUAGCACUUCGGUAUGAAAAACAGAAAUUUCAGAAUUUUUUUUCUUUUUUAAAUUAAUAAUCAAGAUUGCUCCGGUUUUGUGGUUGGCAGCUAAUUGCUGAUUGCAAAAAAAAUCUUUUGAAGCUGCUGUACAGCGCAAGAAGUCUUAAGCAGGUCUCUUGCACUUAAAAUUAUUUUGACACGGUUAAACCUCAAUUUCUAGGCACCAAAUGUAAUACUUUGCACUUAUUACCUAUCUCAAGUCUUUUGAACCUACUACGGCUUCAAGUUAAUUAACAACAGAAAGACACCAGAAUAGCAAGCAACUCGUAGUGCUUCGUCAUAACAACUGUAAAAAUUUAUCAUGUUCUUUAUAAAAUGUCACAGAUGCUAUCAGUCAUCACCUCCUUGAAAAAAUUGUCCAUCAUACUAAAUCGAAUGUUGAAAAAAACACCGAUAAAACUUAUUUCAUUGCCACUUACCAUAAAGAGCAUAUAUCAAUUUUAAGCUCCUCCUCAAGAUAUGAUACUGAUAGCGUCCAUUCUGUCCCUGGGGAGUCUGAAGUGUUUAGAAUCAGGAAAAACUACCACCCAAAGAUUUCAAGAAAUCUUUUCUCUUUUUUGAUUUUUCUAUUCUAUUUUAAUUUUACUUGACCGCCAGAACAAGCUUUCAACACAAGCGGAAAAUCAUAACUUCGAGAGGGAAAGCUAAGAAUCUUGAGAUCCAUUGUAAAAUAUUCACUGAAACCAUUCACCAAAAUGACAUCGUCUGUUAUUUAUCCUGAAGUCCAAAGACACUUUGGCCUCCACUACUUGAUCUAAGAAAUAAUGCGUUCAUUGUUAGGUACAAAACCUAUCUCUAAUAUGCUCAUCAGCUGCAAAAAUGUUGUAAAAUAAGUAAUUUUAAGCUUUUCAUUUCUUGUAGUUGUUAGUCUUAAAACUGCCAAUUUAUCUCUAAAAUCACCUUCUCUUCUAUGGAGCCGCACAAUUCUAUGGUUCAAAGUUACCAUACAAUCUUUUACAUAUCUCCAGACCAGAUCUUAAUACUGAUUUUUGCUCCGCUUUUGACUUUUAAGGCUUAUUAACCAUUCAAGAGCUUAAGGUAAUUCUAAGUGAUAUGGGGAUGAAAACGGUCUUUGCGUUACACUGCUACAUCGUUGUGUCUUUGAGAAUUAGUAAUUAUUGUAUUGGAUAAAUUAAUGCACAGGGUAUCUACCAGUCCGGAAUUUUCGGAAAUAGUACUGAUUUUUUAAGGGUGGUCCGGAAGUACUGAUAAAUUGCGGAAAUUCUGCAAGAAGGUCUAGAAUUUUUUCCUUCAUACCACGCAUGUUGUUUUUAAUAAAGCCUAAAAAGUAUGUAAUCCCCUGUGCAUUGAUUCUUAGAGUAGUAUUUGCCUCCAAGAUUGCGGUUUGCAAUCAGAUAAUCUUCAAGUCACAAUGUUUUGUGGCCAUAUCAUAUUUAUCAAAAUUCAAGCUAGAAUUCCAAAUUUUCAAAAAAAAUUCGAAUUUCGUCAAAGAGAGGUACUGAAAAAGUACCAAAGUUUUCUGCUGAGUAGGUACUGAAUUUCUUGGGAAUGUACUGAAAAAGUACUGAUCAGCCUAUUUUUCUGGCCAACCUAUUUUAGUAGACACCCUUAUGCAGGAAAUUGAUCCAUAUCAUGUAGCAGCAUUAAUACUGAGAGUAGUAAUGACAUCAAAUUUGGGAGGGUUCAUUGAAAAUUUUUAUUAGAAACUACCAUAACAACGUUUUUUAUUAACUCCAUGUGUAAGAGAGAGAUAGCGCAUUAAUAUCUCUUUUUUAUGCAUUUAGUCAAUGAGAGACAUGCAUUAUGGCAGUUUCUAAUAUGAAUUUUCAAUGAGUCUUCUCUUUUAUGUCAUAACACUGUAUCAAUGGUGCCACAUAUUAUAAAGCAGUUUCUCGCAUUAAUUUGUCCUUUAUGGUAAUCAUUGCUUCUCAAUAACACCGAUUGUGUAGCAGCGCAACACAGUGGCAGAUCUUGUCCUCAGAUCCUUCAGCAUCACCUUACUACAUAAGUACAUACUGUAUUUUUUUUUAUCAAGUAUUAAUCUCAGUGAUGAAGGAGGCUUUGGCCUUUUGUUAUCAGUGCAGUUUUAAACCUGUAUUAUAGUGCAAUAUCCAUUUGUCUUUUUUUUAAAAAAAAAUUUUUUUAAGGCAAGCCACACUGCUGUUUCCCUUGACAACCAUUACAGGCUAAAUAGGUGUAUCAAAUAGUGAAUCGAAGAGAAUGAUAUUAAGAAGAAUACUUUUUGUGAAAUGGUAAAAAGUUACUGGGAGAAGAAAUGGGAGAAUUUUGUCGAAAUGAUAAGUUGUUGACGCCAUGACACCACCCAAAUGAGAACAUCAGAGCAAUUUAUUUUUUUUAAAAAAAAUUGAGAUUUUUUAGCUUGGUGUCGACAGAAUUGAAUCAUUGUUGUCAUUAAGUAUUUAUUAGCUGUGUAGAAAUAUUGCUUUAUGAUGUUUCUGAGAUGCACUGCAAAACAACCAUAAAUAUCCUUAUUAAAUAACCUUUCAUUUACUCCUUCAGUGGUCAUAUGACAUUGUUGGUUUAAAUCUAAAAUUUGAAGAUAUAUUCUUUUGGUUUGUCAUUUUUUAAAAAAAAUGAAAUAAAUGGCUCUCAUAUUUGUAUUAGUCUUUCCCUAAAAGACUUCAGCGCCAGAAAUAAAAUUAUAAGAAAAAUAGUAGAAACUCUAUUUAACUGACAAAUUAUAAAUUCUUUAUCAAUUAAUAAUGUGAUUCAUUAAUUAACUGGUUUAAUAUUUUGAAGCUCUGAUAUUUAGUCAAUUCAAGCAAGUUUUUUUUAUGUUUCUCUCAUAUUUUAAUUUCUGGCGCUUCAGUAUUUUUGAGAAUGACCGUUUCAAUUGGCUAACAGGCCGAACCUAAUCAAAAGUGAUGGUGAUAAUAGGUGAAUAUGCUACUCCUAUCAUAAUAAAUAUUUAACAUGUACAUAACUUGCCUAAUAAUGUGGUCCUGUUCUUGUAUUAUUUAGCAUCUGUUAUAGAUGUAAAUUUCUCAGCACAAGUGAUCAGAUCCGUCCUUUUUUAUGUUAAUCCAUAUAAGUAUUUACAACUUCUCUUUUUAGUGUAUUUUACCAAGAAAAUGCACUAUUUUUUUACUUCUUUUUAAUAUUAUUUUAAGAAUUUUGAUCUUAUAUAGACUUAUUUAUUUGUGUCUUAAUUCUUCGAUCUGUUAAGUCUUAAUCCGUCCACAAAGAUUGAAUAAAUGCAUAUCUCUCUCGUUCUUA